GGCGGGGUGAAGGCUGGGGCUGCGGGAGGCCGCGCCGGGUCCCGGGAGGCGCUGACCUGAGAGCCCCGGGGCCGCCUAACGGAGCAGGCCCUGCCGAGGACGCGCUGUGAGAAACCCGGCCUCUGCGGCUCCCGGCCCCGAUCCGGUGCUGCCUGGUGUUGGCAGCCGUGGAUGCUCGGGUCGCCGCCGGCCGCCUCCUCCUCCUUCUCCUCUUUCUCUUCCUCCUGCUCCUCUUCCUCCUCCCCGGGGUCGUGGAGCGGUUGGGGUCCGAGCGGCGGCUGUGAGCCUCGGGAGGGGCCCAGAGCUUCCUCCGUGCCGGCCUCGGGCCGCGGGCUCAGCUCGAGGUAACGGCGCUCGGGGCCGGCCCAGAGCGCGUGCUGAUGCUUGGAAUGCGGCCCGACCGGUCCGGCCGCGGCCCUGCCUCACACUGCGGACGUGGCUCCUGGCUCCGACUCCAGGCCCCAUGCCAGCAGCUGUAGGGUGCGCGGCCCUCCCUCGGCAGGACGAGGAGGCACGGAGCGGCCCUGCCCCAUGCAAAGCCUCUGCAUCCCUGCAGGCCCUGACAAUGUCGGAUGGGAUCAUGAGCAAAGCUGCCACCAUGGAGAUCCCCAUCAGCAGCAACGGGGAUGCAGGCAGCCUGCCUGAGGACGAUGGCCUGGAGCAGGACCUGCAGCAAGUGAUGGUAUCAGGGCCCAACCUCAACGAAACCAGCAUCGUGUCUGGCGGCUACGGGGGCACCGCUGAGGGCAUCAUCCCAACCAGUGCUAUCAAAGCCCCUCCAUUUCCAGGCUGUCUUGUCCAACCUCACUCACCCCGAGGACCAUCCAUCUCCCCCAGUGCAUCUGCCGCCAGCAGGAUGGCCAGCCAGGCUGGUGCUUCAGCAGGCUCUGGGCUUCACCAGCCUCAUCCCAGCCCACCAGUCGGAGGGGAGGAGGUUGUCCGUGGGAUCGCUGUGGAAAAAUUUGACAUUGUCAAGAAAUGGGGAAUCAACACAUACAAGUGUACCAAACAGCUGAUCUCAGAGAGGUUUGGCCGGGGCUCCCGCACGGUGGACCUGGAGCUGGAGACACAGAUUGAGCUGCUCCGGGAAACAAAGCGCAAGUAUGAGUGUGUGCUGCAGCUGGCACGGGCUCUCACCAACCACUUCUACAGCCUGGUGCAGACACAGCAUGCCCUGGGGGAUGCCUUUGCGGACCUCAGCCAGAAGUCUCCUGAACUGCAGGAGGAGUUUGGUUACAAUGCAGAAACACAGAAACUGCUUUGCAAGAAUGGUGAAACACUACUGGGAGCUGUUAACUUCUUUGUCUCCAGUAUUAACACGCUGGUAAAUAAGACCAUGGAGGACACGCUUAUGACAGUUAAGCAGUACGAGACAGCCAGGCUGGAGUAUGAUGCGUACCGCACAGACCUGGAGGAGCUGAGCAUGGGGCCCCGGGAUGCCAGCACCCUGUGCCGGCUGGAUGCAGCCCAGAGCCAGUUCCAGAGCCACAAGGACAAGUACGAAAAGCUGCGUGCUGAUGUGGCCAUCAAGCUCAAGUUCUUGGAGGAGAACAAGAUCAAGGUGAUGCACAAGCAGCUCCUGCUCUUUCACAACGCCAUCUCUGCCUACUUCGCUGGGAACCAGCAGCAGUUGGAGCAGACUCUCAAGCAGUUCAACAUCAAGCUGAAGACCCCUGGUGCUGAGAAGCCCUCCUGGCUGGAGGAGCAGUGAGCCCCCCAGCCUGCCCCACCUUGUGCCCCAGCCGGGGAAGCCAUGGACCAUAACUGGGACCUCUGACCGCUGGCGCAGGGCCAGCCCACAAUCAUGAGUGGUGAGCUGGGGUUGCAGCCUCGGCCCUGCUGCAGCAGGGAGCACUAAUGGGGCAGGGACCUGGUUAGGGGCAGGUGGAGCUCUGAGUGGGUCACUCCCCCUGCCUGGGAAGGCCGGGGCUCCCCCAGCCUGGCAGAGUCCCAUUCUGCCCAGCCCUGUUCUCCCUCCCCAGUGCAGACCCCUUGGUGGGAUGGUGGGUGCCUUCCAGGACUCCGCAAGGCCAGACACUUCCCUCCCCAGGCUGGGUUGCUCAGACCCCACCAGGCACCUUUGUGGGACGGGGAUGUGCUACAGCCUCCCACUGUCUCCCCAUGGUGCAGGAGGUUAUGUGGCUCCACAUGUCCCAUCUGCCUUCCCUGCUGCUCUGAGCCAGGCUUUGCAGGGCCAGGCAGGACAUGCCACCACCCUCUGGCAAAAAAAUGUUUAUUUUGAAAUGAAGACAAAGCUGCAGAGGGGUGGCAUUGGGACUCCUGGGUCCCCUCCUGGACCCUGAGAGGGGUGGACGAGGUCUUGUCCUGGGGCUCCAGUCUGCUCCUAGCCCCAGGCCUGCCCUGUCCCCUCUGGCCUGGUCCUCCCAGGCAGCUGCUCUUGCACUCCCUCAGCCUGGCUGAUUCCCCUACCCCCACACUACACUCCCCUCAGUGAUGGGCCAGUUGUGCCUGGUUGUCUCCCAGGCCUCAGCACCCAUCCCCUGGCCGGGGCUUUGCCAGCUCCCACGGGUGGACGCAGGUGGGUUUGGCCACAGCCCUUGGCCUGAAGGCUGCUUUCCCUGGGGGGCUGCACUCUCAACCCACUGGAGGCAGGUGGGCAGCCCCACUCCCUGAGCCCCCACAGGCACCCCGAGGGGUGGUGGGGACUCAAACCAAGGACCAAAGGGUGGCUGCAUCCCAGGGACAGUGUGUGUCUGUGCGCGGUGUGGCUGCGCCUCUGCGUGUGGCAGCGCUGGGGCUCUGCCUGCUAUCCCGGGGUGGGGGAGCUCAUCCUGCUCCAGCUGAGUGUUGCUUCAAGCCCUGGCCACGUGCAGCACUUGGGCACUUUCUCCUGAGACAAGACAGUUUGUUUUUCUUGCUAAUUUAAUUCCUGGUAAUUUAAUGUCUGGAUCUGACACCCUCCUCCCCCUUCCCCCUCAUUUCCUGGUGAAGCUCUGACCCCCUUCUUCCCUCCCCACUUCUGUAAGACUCCAGAAUAAAACAAUAUGGAUCAGAAUAAAACAGUAAAGAUCAGAAUAAAAUAGUGUGGAUCAGAAUAAUGUGGUGUGGAUCCCUCUGUGCACAGCACAGCCAGACCUGAGUAUGGAGAUUCCCUGGAUGCCAUAGACUCCUGAAUGCCUGUAGCUGGUUCUGCUAUAGGCUGCAGUUCUUGUCCCACUGCUUCCUCUGUGGGGCUCGAGCUGAGGCCCUUGUGGGGCACAGCA